AGUCCGCCCGUCGUGACACUCAAAUGACCAGAACAGCGGUCAGUUUGACGCCUGCAGAGCACCGUGCAUGCAGCCAAAGUGACAGCGCCAGAGCAGCAGAGGAGCUUUGUUCUUCGAGGGGAAUUUUCAAGUGCAGUAUAGGCGUCUGGAGCCUGUGAAAAAAAAAAUUGAGCCGGUUCAUAAACACCUACGAGGCAGUGGCCAUUGCAGGGGCUAAAUGAAGAACUUGUGAAUAUGCACAACGGAAGGACUCUACCUUUGACUUCUGUGAAUUCCCCAGAUGCUUGGGCCCAAAGAAAGAUGGAAAGGAACGGGAAGAACUUGAGCCAGGGCCGCUGCGCAGCACCCAUUCAGUGAACCAACGGAGACCCGCCACACACCACGUCACCGAGCCUGCACCCUUCCCCUUCGACUCCCGGACCCCUCUCAGCACCAUGACCUCUGAACUGGAGAGCAGCCUGACCUCCAUGGACUGGCUCCCCCAGCUCAGCAUGAGGGCGGCCAUCCAGAAGGCGGACGCGGGGCACCACCACGGCCACCAUCACGGGCACCAUCACGGGCACCACCACGGGCACGGGCCUGGCAAGAAGACUGCCCAUCUGGACCCGGGAACGACGCUGGACCAGGAGGAGGCGGCCCAGCACAGGGACGGCAAACCUCCCUACAGCUACGCCAGCCUCAUCACUUUCGCCAUCAACGGCUCACCACGCAAAAGGAUGACACUCAGCGAGAUCUACCAGUGGAUCUGUGACAACUUCCCCUACUACCGAGAGGCGGGCAGCGGCUGGAAGAAUUCCAUACGACACAACCUGUCCUUGAACAAGUGUUUUCUCAAAGUGCCUCGCUCCAAAGAUGACCCUGGAAAAGGCUCCUACUGGGCCAUAGACACCAACCCUAAAGAGGACACAGUACCCAGCAGGCCGAAGAAGAGGCCACGCUCUGGAGAAAGGGCAUCCACUCCGUACAGCUUGGAGUCGGAGUCUCUGAGAAUGGACUGCAUCAUGUCAGGAGGAGCCUCCCCAACUCUGGCAAUCAAUGCUGUUACCAAUAAGGUAGCACUGUACAACCCAGAGGCAGAAGGCAGUGAGAGCCCUGGGAGUCUGGGCGGCAGCCUGAGCAACAGCCUGUCAGACCAGAGCCUGGCCUCCGUCAGCCUCAACACCGCCGUCAGCAGCGGCAGCAACGUGCACAGCUACACACCAGUGAGUAGCCACUCGGAGCCUUCCUCCCAGUCCUUGAGCCUCCAGCAGCCCGCCCCACCGCCUCCUCCCCCUCCUCCCCCCCAGCCUCAGUAUGGAUUGCCGGUGCCAGAGUCUCGGGACAAGCCGCUCUGUUUCUCGGACUUUGAGGACCUGAGCGCCUCUUUCCGCAGCCUUUACAAGUGCGUCUUUGAGCAGUCCUUCUCGCAGCAAGGUUUGAUGGGUAUGCCCGGCGACUCGAGCCAGCAGGCCCGGACCGUCUGUUCCUACCAGCACUCCCCUGGUGCGGGAAACUGCGGCGGCCACCACCACCAACACAACCACGGCCAGGCUGCGCACCACCCCCACCACCCACAGCAGCACCUCUCCCCUCACUCCACCCACAGCCAGCACCAAGCCCACGGCCAGCACGGUCAGCACUCCGCCCAUUCCCAGCAGCACCCAUCUCUCUCCCACCAGAGUCACACUGGACAGCCGUGCUCCGCCACCGGUAUGUCAGCAGACUGGUACCCCAACCUGGACUGGCUGAAGGAGAGCUGCCGCAUUGCUACCAGCUACAACUGGGCCGACGUAGAUCUCUCCCCAUUCCAAGGCCUAAAGGAGAGCAUGCGGCAGGCUGAGCUCAACAACUGGUCGCUGGACGCCGCCCAGAUGGCCGACCUGUGUUCCUCCAUCAACCAGUUCUUCACGGCCACAGGGGUGAUCCCUCCUCAGGGUGCAGCCCAGCCACAGCCACAGGCCCAGCACCCGACUCCAGCACCGGCACCGCAGCACCCGGCCCAGCCCCACGGCGCCAUGCACCCUAAGGCCAGCCAGCACAGUCAGCAUGGCCAACACAACCAACAUAAUCAGCACAUUGGCACCGGGAAUAUGUACAUGGACUCCAGACAGAACUUGUCCUCCAUGAUGGGGCCACCAGGAUACCCACACAUGCCUCCCAUGAGCAGCACCGCUCCAGCCAUGACAGGUGACUCCUCUGCCGCUCUCUUAGCAGGCCAUCACAGCCAGUUGAGCCAGCAGCAGCAGCACAUGCUGCCUCCGGGACACUUCCAGAUGAGACGCAUGCAGGCCGCCGACGACAUCCAGGACGACUUUGACUGGGACUCCAUCGUCUAAACUGACCCCACGCCAGAUCAGAGGGAGCAGCAGAAGGACUGGAAACGAGAGCGAGAGACAGAGAGAGAGAGAAAAAAAAAGAUGGAAGAUGACAGGUGAGGUAUGGAACUAGCCAGCCUGCCCCUUUCGCCUAUGUGAAAAACAGAUGACAAUCCAAGAGAAAAGAAAUGGAAUAUAAUUUUUCCAGUCUUGCAGUCUUUUUUUGCUUUUUUUCCUUUUUUUGACAGAAGAGGAUGAUGAGUCUAAAGACAAUUGCAACUAAAAAAAAAAAAAAAAAACGAAAAAAAAAAGACUUACUCGGCUAAAAGGAUCGGACAAGCCAAGAUGUACACAUUGUUCAGAGCAACAGGACUUUUGAAGUUAUCUGAUUCGUCUCGUCUCACGUCCCCCAGUGCCAACAGGUUUACAAGUCGCCAAAGUGUCGUCGAAACGUCGGUGAAGUGUUUUUUUUUCCUUUGCUUUUCUUUUUUCUUUGUUGUAGCUCACAGUUGUGUUUCCAGCUAGAAUGUGUGUCCCAUACGUGCACAGUUUGAGCACUGCCGACUGAGUGGAGGUGAAUGGUCGUGGAUAGAAAAUCUCUAAUCUCUGUCUCGUCAGGACUCCCUUCUGAAAUAGUAUUUUGUCUGUUCUACCCACGCGUAGGUCCAAAGUGGAAAAUUGCCAGAUACAAGUAUUGUACCCUUCCCUCCGUGUAACACACCAAUGUUGUUUUUUUUCUAAACCUGGGCAUCUACGUGACUGUCUGUCUUUUUCACCUCAGUAAGAAUAGAAGGAGGAUUUUUUAGGAGGCGAGGAAUGAAGGUACUUGUUCGACUUGAAUCAGUGAUAGGUGAAUGGAGCACCACCUACUGUUUAAAAAAAAAAACAAAAACAAACAUACAACCCUACAUUUUCUUGGUAUUGCUUCUUUGCCAAAACUUGUCCUAUGCACCAGUACUUCCUUUCUCUUUGUUCUUGAUUUUUUUUUUUUUUUUUGGUCACAUUGCUUUAUUAAUGGACACCCAUUACAAACCUAGCAGAUUUUGCAGGUGUUCGGUUUAGAUGCCAUGACUCAUUAUAAGCAGCUCUGUGUUCAUAGGCAAAUAAUAACAACUCAUGCAUCUUCUUCCCAAGCCACUUUACUAAUUACAUCAAGACAUCCAGAGCUGAGGAACUGUCACAAUGUGAAUGUGGGAGCUCACACCUGCUCGAUUAUUUAUGUAUGUAAGCGCAUUUGCACAUGCAUUUGUGUGUGUGUGUGUGUGUGUGAGGGCUGUGGCACCUCAGAUGGUUCAAAACUUCCAGGCUUCUCAUUUAACAGAGGCUUUUCAUAAGGACCAAUCAAAGCAAAUAAAAUAUCUGACUUCCCAAUUCCAUUCUUUCAUUCUUCCCUGCAGAUCUCUUGCCAUGCAUCCUCCAUAUGUUGUCAUAUUUGUGUAAUAAGAACCAUGUCUCAUCAUGCACAUAGAAUAAGACAUAGAGCGCGUAUCGAGAGGGAGAGAAUCUCAUUGUUGAGAAGCGCUGGCCAGUCGGUGGACUUCAUAAAGAUACGACUGGAUUCAACCGUGACUUUGUUAUGAUUUGAUAAACAUGAAGCAGCUGUUGUUGGUUUACCAAAGGCAAGCCUGUUUGUCAGCAGCUUGGCAAUCGGAUGAAUUCUGUUAACUGUUUGACUCACUGUAACCUGAUUAUUAUGAUUACUAUAGCUAUUAUACUUUUAGAUAAUUUAAUUAGGCUAACUACAUGUGUAGAUAAAUAGUGCGUUUAUGUGUUAAUUUGAGUAGCGUGCAUGUGUUGUAAGUUAGACGCCAAAAUCAAAUCAAUAGGAAAUCCACUGACUGAUCAGAACCAAUAAGUCAUCACAUUCCUUUUCUUAUUAUACAUUUAUGAUCUUAUUAUGCCGGUAUGGCUUUUAUCAUAUGACAACAUAUGGCACACGUAUGGGGAGAGAUGUCCGGGAUAAGAACAGGAGAUUGAGCGGUAAGAUAUUGAACUUACUUUGACUGAUCGUUAUCAAACAUGUUUAUGCAACCCUUUGGCUCGCCACAUUUUGAGUGCACGUGUGGAUUUGUGUACUAAUGUGUUUAUGUGAGGGGAACAGCCGUGCCAGUUUAAGUCCAUGGUGCCAUGUUGUCAGGGUGUUAUGUCGUCUACCAUGCCUGAGCAAAACAAAACCAUUUAUCUCUGUAUUUCGGUUACCAUAUGUUAUAAGGUGCUGCCCACUGCCUGUUUGGUGAAAGGUGAGUGUCCUGUGGGUGAAAGGAUGUGCCACAAACAUAAAAUCUCCAUUUGUCAGCCUAUAAGCUAACUGAUAUGAAAUACUGUGGAAUAGGCUUUUCAGUAGCUCGUGCAACAGGCACUGAGCCGUGUCGAGAUAAGAAUUAGGCGUGUGGAUUACACAAGGCUAGAUGUAGAUUUUGUCAUGAUUUAUAGUUUUUUUGUUUGUUUGCUUUGUUUUUUUAGGUAUAAUUUAGUUUUUCAAGCUUUUAUAGUGAUGGAAAGUAUGGAACAUAUCUGGCCAAGAUGCGCAUGGCCAGGCAGGGGAGUGUUAGCUGUGAUUUGGAGGAUGCCUAAGGGGGAAGACCUGCUGUUUUUGCACAACAUCAAGCUUGAUAGCAUCUAGUGAAUGAGACACAAAAGAGAGAAUGGUAUGAACUUUUGUUUGUUUGUUUGUUUGCAAAAGACAUAAAAAAAAAACAAUCAAUCAAUCCGUGAGGGAGCAAAGACUAAAUGAAGUUUUCAAACACUCAACAUUUUUUACUGUGAUCUUUUAUUUUUGUCUGUGUGUACAAGUGUGUAUAGUCCGCUCUGAUUUCCUUUAGCAUACAGCUCCAUUAUUCAAAAAAAAUAUCCGUAUGAAACAAAUAAAAAUGUUUGUAUUUAAUAGAUAUACAGUAAAAUAUGGGACCUUAAAGUGCUCUUUGGCUUGGGGGAACUCAACGGUUGAUAGACUGGUCCAAACAAGAUUUUAUUCAAGAAAAAAAGCCCAUUGUUAUUGCCAUUAAAUGCUGUAUUAGGGUGACCAGCAUAUAUAUAAAUAUAUAUAUAUUGUAUGUUUGUGUGUUGUUGUCCUUGUAAAUAACAGUCUGUACCCCUCCAUUUGCAAAACAAAGACUGAUAAAAAAAAGAAAACAAAAAAGCAAAGGGAGAGAAAGUAUUUUGUUAUUCGUCCUUCGAGAGACACAAUAUGUAAAUACCUUCAGUAUUGUAAAUAAGUGACAAAAAAAAUGCAUAGGCGUUUUGUGUGUCAUAGAUAAUCUGUGUACGGCAGUUCGACAGUUAUAAAAUAUGUUUCAGUGUUUAUUAAAAUGUCAUUGACCAUUUUUACUGA